AUGGACUCCAUUACUACCAUUAAGGACAGUCGCAUUAAGGUUAAAGCCUCACAAUAUCUUAUUGAUUUACUCGAACAGAAUAAAACACAUUUAAAUGAAUUACCCGAAAAUAUACGUAUAUUUCUCCAGAAACAAUCUAUACAACUAUCUUCAAAUGUGGAAAUUUUAAAGGAAACUAAUACACAAAAGAACCCAGUUAUUAAUGUAAAACUUUUGAGAGAAUUACUCAAAGAAAACAUUUCAGAUAAGUCACCCAAAACCAAGCAGGAUAAAACUACAAACAAAAGCAAAACAACAAAAACAAAUGAAGUACUGCAUUUACAUUUAAGCGAAUUACGUUGGUUAAGUAAUUUUCUAUCCACACUACGUAAAGAACAGGGCUUAGAUAUUUAUUUAAACGAUGUCUUGGAAACCUGUCAAUUGGAAUUGCCACAAAAUGAAAUAAUUAAAAGAAAUCCUGAAUUAGAGGCACGCUGUCAAAGACUGCGUGAGGAGCAACAGAACUUGGAAUAUCGUAAAAUGACAAAAAAUGUAGAUGCCGUACUUAAGCACUAUCCCGAGGAUACAGUUGCUUAUCAGAUCAAAGCCAUCAAUAGUCAAAUAAUAGCUGUACUACAGUUUAUUUUCUCAGUAGCAGCUGGUUUUGCGUUUGGUUUUCUAGGCAUUAAUCUUAUCAUUGGCAAUAUGGAAUUUGGUUUACGUUUAUUAUUAGGCAUUAUGUGUGCUUUAAUUAUUGCCUUGGCCGAAAUUUACUUUUUAGCCAAAAAACUUAAUGAAUACGACAACACCGUGGAUACCGUAAACAAGGCCAUGAAGAAAACUUUGCCGACAAAUAAAAAAAUACAUGCUGACUAGUGUGUGGGACAAUCAGAUUUGUUGACCAUACAUAUAUUGAUAUCUAUAAAAAUACCAAGUUAAUGUUGAUAUACUUUAUUUAAAUAAAUAGUAUGUAGUAUGUAUUAUUUUUCUUAAAUUCCUUAGAAA